AUGUGGACUAACUUAAUAUCAAGAAGAAUGCUCUUCCACAAAAAUCCAUACUUCUCAAAUCGAAUAUCAUUAAACCAAUCUUAUACACAUCUAUUCACAUCUAGACUUCGAAUUCAACAUAAUACAACUGUAAAAAUUAAACAAAACAAACCUCCGUUGUCGUAUUAUAGAUCAUUUUUAUUUUUACAAAAUAGAUUUAUCUCAGUUUCAAGGACAAUAUAUAAUCCAAUAUCAGCUAAUAAUGAAAAUAAGAACAAUUCAGCAACUAAAAUAGUUAGCCCAAUACACUCUAAAGAUAGUAAUAACAGUAAUAAAGAUAUUAGUGAAUUAAGUAUCAAUGCAAAUUUAAACUUAUAUCAAAAGUUCAAAUCUAAUAUAAAGUGGAUACUAAUAAGAAAUAAGGAAAGACCUUUUUCAAAAGAUGAGCUAGGAACCUUAUUUUCAUGGUUGAUACUGUCGCAGGUUGUUUGGGUUAUUUUAAAGACCACAACCUUUGUAUCGCUAUUAUUAUUAGCUGCAAACACAAUUUUUGCUAAAGAAUUGGUAGCUGAAACUAUUGGUAAACUGUUAAAUUAUUUCAUUGAUGGUAUUGAUGUGAAAUUUCAAGAUGCUUUGAUACCCAAAUGGAAAAAUGGAUUAAUUAGAUUUAAUAACGUUGAUUUGCAAACUUCUAAAGAUCAAUCAAAUAACUCUUUUUCAUUUGAUUUAAAUUUUCAACAAAUUGAAAUGAAUCUUUCUCUAAAAAAAUGGCUUUUGGGUAAAGGUUUAAUUAAUAAUGUUAAAAUAUAUGGGAUGAAUGGCACAACAAAUAUUAUAUAUCCAAAUCCACACCUAAAUAAUAAUAUAAACAAAAGGGAUCCAACAAUUGGUAAUACUGAUUCCACUACAAAUGCUGCCUUAAAUAAAAAUGAUGUGGAUACAUUUUUACUAAUAAAUUGGUUUUCUAAUCCUUACUACCAACUUAAUAAUAUUAAAAUAGCUGAUUCAAAUAUUACUGUGAAUGAAAGUUAUGCAAAUGGGGAUCCAUCCAUCACUUAUAAAAUAUCGCUUUUCAACUUAGAGAUUCCAAAAUUGAGGUUUAAUCAAAUGAUUGUAGAUUUUUUGCAUGCUGAUGUUAUAUCGGGUUCAAUAAACAAUUCUUUAUUUACUUUUCAUAAAAGACAACAAAAGAUUGGAUAUUCAAACAAUAAUAUUCAAAAUGAUUUAGGUAAUUGGAAACGAACCACCAGAUUAAGAUUGAAUUCAAUCAGUAUUAAAGAUUUGGGCCUUUAUAAAACAAAAUCCUUUAAUUGGAUGCAAAAAGGUAAUGUUGAUAUUGUGGCAGAUAUCAUGUUACCUACUGAAGAUGAGCUAAACAACUCACUUGACUUCUUUAGCAGUAAGCAUUCUAUCAACAACAACAGCAUUAUUAUUAAUAAUAAUGAGGAAAAAUAUAUCGUGAUUGAUUUAAAAUUUAUUUUUAAAGAUUUAAAAGCAGUUCUUCCGAUAAACCCACCAAAAUUAUCAACAGGUGAAGAGCUCGUUUCCUUAGACGAAUUAAAACCUAUUGUAUCCUAUAUUAAUUUACAAAGGGCACUAAAACAAUUUCAAAGCUUAUCUGACAAUAAUAAUGAUGAUAAAAUAACUGCUCAUACAAUUCUGUUUCGUGAUUCACCAGAGAUAUCUAUUAGAAGAAAACGAAAAUAUCCUGAUAUGAGUAUAAUCAAAAACAAUUCAAAUUCAAAACAUAAACAAUAUAUAAACUCUAACACCAAUAUUCAAGAGAAAGAGAAUAAUAUUAGCAAGAAAGGGACUUCUACUGUAUCUAUUUCAACUGAAGGUUAUAACUCAAAUGUAUCUGCAAUCCCAACUACUAACGCUACUACAACCACCACCACUACUACUACUGCAACCAAUACAAGUGAAUUAGCCUUAAGAGUUAGAUUAGUAAGGAACCUUAAAAGUUUAGAAAAUAAAAUAUUAUUCCAAGAGACUGGUAUAUAUGAUCAAAUAAGUACGGAACUCUACGUUGAUCUUAUUAAAAUCGUGGAAGAAUGGGAAUAUAAAAAUAAAGAAGAAUGGUUGAAAAAAUGGGGAAAUGGUAUUGCAUCACAACUAUUAUUAUAUGGAUUUGCAUCUCCUGUAUAA